AUGGACAAGCAGCAUGCCACUGUUUUGCAGAGCCAGUCGGAGGCCGCGGAGACCCCUCAACGUCGAGCUCUCAACAUUCUGGAGAUAUGCGAGGAGAUAGUAGCUCAUGAACCCGAGGAUACGGACCCCAAUCACAAUCAACAUGUGGAGCCAUGGCAGCGCCUCACACUUACGCCAGACCCAACUUCGCUUGAAUCGCUGUCGCUUACUGGCCGUGGCUUCGAAGCAGACGCUGGCUCAGCGAUAUUGAAGAAGGUGGCAUCCUUUGAGCAACUAAAGGAGCUCGAGCUUGUGGACCUGGGCCUUUCCGCCGCUCAGCUUGGCGAACUCACGGGCCACUUGAACAAUCUCUCUAUUCUCGUGAUAGAUGCCAAUCGUCGGAAUCGCGUUGACACACCCAGCUCAGAGCUCCUCGCUCUCGGGCUAUUCCCGUGUCUGGAGCAUCUAGAACUCUCGGGCCCUCCGGACAAGAUCACAGACUUUGCAGAGCAUGACGAUCUACAUGACCUUUGCGUCAGAAUUGGGAGUCACUUCCGAGCUACUGGAAUGCUGAAACAAUUGGACCUAUAUUCGCAAGAUGACGAUGUGUCCAGCGUUGGAAAUUCAUGGCCACAACUGCAGUCGCUUGAGCUUUAUUGGAGACCUGCUCCUCUUCUAGUGGACAGAUCGCAUACUCUCAAUCUUCCUACCCUUGCGCUCUUUGCGAGGCGUUGUCCUCUUAUUCGGUCGCUCAAGCUUGCUCGUGUGCAUAUAGCGAGCGUGGAAGAUCCGUAUGUCGAGGACACCGAGCCUCACAACCUGCAGACGCUGUCACUGAUGGACUCGUGGCUCAUAUGCAACUAUCCGGAGCAAGUUGUAAAUUCUUUGGAUCGUCUCUUCCCUCAGUGUGAAGUUUGUAUAUCACCGUCUGGAAGCAGGUGGAAAGGUGUCCGUGCCAUCAUCCGAGAGCUGCAAGCAGCCAGGGAAGAGGCAGAAAAUGUGGAAGGAGAUCUCGAGCUUCCAGUCGGGAUUAUCACAGAUACAGGAGGCACAUACAAUUACGAGUUGUGA